CUUUACCCCUGAAUAAUCACGAUAAUCUCUUUUUUUCCAAACAUGUCUUAUAUGUAUACUCAAAACACAGAGAAGCGCCAUCCAGCUUAUAAUGCUUAUACUUGGCCUCCAUAUGAUACCUAUCCUCGUCGUAUUGCAGAGAGCUCCUCAUUCAAUGAAUUAGGAAUAGGUCCUGCAACUCUGCCCUCAGGUAUCUUGAAAGAAAGCAGCCACCAGACAGUCCCGGAUAGUUCAGGCUUUUUUAAUUACAUUGCCUAUCCUGAAAUGUCUGACAAUAGUCCAGCUAGUACUUCUUCUGAUGGCCAGACGCCAUACCUUAGCGAUGAAAAUACCAUGGAGAGUCCUCCUGUCGUGUACCAUCAUCCAAUGAACAAUCGACCUUAUGGUGCUCCCUCUGCUUUUAGAAGCUACAAUGGUAACGGUAGCCAUAUGGCAAUACAAAGGCCACCAAAAAUCCAUAGACCACCUCCUAGACCGUCUCCUUCUUUUCACCACUUACUUAAUGAUGAUAGUGCGGUAUCCAGAAUCUCUUACUCCUUCGAGUUCAGUCAGGCAACGGACGUAACUAUCGGAUGGGAUCCUGUCGAGGUUCGAAACGGACGAAGACUUGUUGAAUUCAAGAUAGAACGAGAACUGAUGAAGCCAUCUCCUCAAAAGCACGCCGUACGCCAGAUAACUGUCACCUAUAUGACAUAUCCAACCAAGUACUAUUGUGAUUUAAUCAGCCAUGGCGAAGGCAGCAAACGAAAGGAAAUCUUUACGCCACUAAUCAUAUCUUGUAUCCACUGGCCUCAGCACGAAAAUUACUUUGUCACCUCUUUUGAUCUCAUCACGAUAUUUAAGAAGCUGCUCGAUAAGGAGUUUGAAAAGCCUAUUAUAAAUCGAAUGAGAAGACAUCUUGAAUGCUUGAAGCCUAUCACGGUCUACCCAGAUCGUAUUGAAACCAGGGACUUUUUUGAUAAAGUCGUCAGUUAUACUUUACCAAAAUCUGCAAGCAUAUCCAAGGAAUUCAAAGUAUACCCUUGGUCUGAAAUACAGGUAGCCUUAAUCAAACUAGCUUCUAAGCUCCGUGAACAGUCUAGAUUAAAGUAGAGAAAUCUGUCGCGAUUGCCUAACGUCUUUUUCUAAUAAAA